AUGAAGAUUAUUGAAUUGCAGUUCAACAACAGUCUCUUCGGAUCAUUCGAUGAUCCACUUCUCAAUGCAAGAGCUGCUGCUCUCGCUGAUAUUGAUGUUAAAAAUGUGCAACAGCUGACAAAUCCAUUGAUGAGACCACAUGAUAUGUUCACCUAUAGCAACUACUUUUCCGGAAUUCAUGACAAUUCAGCUGCCACAAAUAUCUAUCAAGGACUUCCAAGUUCUUCCGAACCGUUUGAUGCUUCUGUUGUUGUACCUACGUCUUCUGAAGAUCAGAUGACACCUCUUCAACAGGUUAUGGCAAUGCAAACCUAUGGAGCUCCACCACAAUUCCAAUACAAUAUGAGCCAUAUGACUCAACAUUUCACAACUUCUUCGAUCUCCAGCUCCAGUAAUAUCACUCGAUAUCCCAUUGCUCCACCUACUUCUGAACUAGAAACUGAUCCGAGACAAUUGGAAACAUUUGCUGAGCAUUUCAAGCAACGGAGAAUUAAAUUAGGAGUUACUCAGGCUGAUGUCGGAAAAGCUCUUGCUCAUCUGAAAAUGCCGGGAGUUGGAUCACUCUCACAGUCGACAAUUUGCCGUUUUGAGUCUCUAACUCUAUCCCAUAACAAUAUGGUUGCUCUCAAACCAAUUCUACAUUCUUGGUUGGAAAAAGCAGAAGAAGCCAUGAAACAGAAAGAUACAAUCGGAGAUAUCAAUGGAAUUCUUCCGAAUACAGAUAAAAAAAGAAAGAGAACAAGCAUAGCUGCACCUGAGAAAAGAGAAUUGGAACAGUUUUUCAAACAACAGCCACGUCCAUCUGGAGAACGAAUCGCUUCAAUUGCUGAUCGUCUUGACCUGAAAAAGAAUGUUGUUCGCGUAUGGUUCUGUAAUCAGAGACAAAAACAAAAAAGAGAUUUCCGUUCACAAUUUCGUGCUAGAAGUGCAGCUGCAGUGAUGGGUCCCCGGGUGAUGCCUGUGGUCACUGGAAACAAUUCAAACAAUAAUUUGAAACAGGGACAAGGAGCCUAUAAUGGUAUUCCUGGAUUCUUCGAUUAA